AUGUGGUCAAAGUACGCGUUCGUCAUUGUAGUGAAGAAAUCGACCAGAGCUCAGGAGUGUCUGGAGGAGGUCAGGGCCUUGACUUCAGGCGACCCCACAUGUGUUGAGAUAGCGCUGCUCCCCAGAAUGCGAGAGUUCCUUUCAUAUCUGCAAUUGAGCCUUGGAGAUACAACGGGUGAGCCUGUGGCUGACAUGAGAAUUCCCCCACCAUCUGCUAUCGUUUCUCCGACAGCGGUAUUGCCAUCCACAAUUCAUGGAUGGGUAAACCAAGUGGGGACUAUUUCAGCCAUCGAGGGAUCCUCCAUCAUAGUUCCACUGGCAAACGAACUCGGAAAUGUGCCACUUACUAAUGCUCCUGCAGCCUUCUACCCACCUUCUACCUUGGGGUUAUACAAAUACAUCAGGAACAUCGACCAAUCGUCUGUCUUGGAUUUUGGUUCACUCCCCUAUCCUGCAGCUAGCUCUUCCACUAGUGAGUUUAUUCCCCAUAGCUCCGCUUCCCUCCUCCAGCAAGUGAUUCCCGUGCAAGAGAGGGUAUCCUGCAGCGAAAAUUGGGAUUUUCUGAUGCUAGACAUUACUGUUAACUAUGAGCUUGCAGGGCCAUCUACUGCGCUCCGUUCACAAUCAGAUGCCUCCCCUCAUGAAACUCGUGGUGAGACUCUGGGAAAUGCUGCGAGUUGGAACGAGGAUGCUGUGAGUUGCCUUAGAAGUCUAGCUUGGAGUAUGGGAUACUGCCUUAUCCCUCGCGGAGCGGCCAUUCCUGGUGCUGGUGCUCUUGUAUAG